AACUCAUUGACUCGAACCAUCAUCAUCUCCAGGAUGACCACGAGAUAUCCGAAGCUCGUGGCUUUCGAUUUAGACUAUACCCUUUGGGACCUGUGGAUAGAUACCCAUGUUUCCGGGCCUCUUCAUAGACAUAAGAAUACCUUGAACGAAAUUCUAGACAGACAUAAUUCGCCUAUAUCUUUCUAUCGGGAUGUCCCCCAUAUCCUUCAUCGUCUGCGGGAGGCAGAAGUUAUCAUAGCGGCAGCAUCGAGAACUUCGGCUCCCAACCUAGCCCGACAGGCCCUCUCACUGCUUCUUGUCCCGCCCAAGCAUGGUGAUAAGGAUACAAACCCUCUCAAGGCCGCGCAUUUCUUUGAUCAUGCGGAGAUAUAUCCUGGUUCAAAACUGACGCACUUUAAACGAAUUCACGAGAAGACGGGCAUACCUUACUCUGAAAUGCUCUUCUUUGACGACGAGCACCGUAACAAAGAAGUAGAGCAACUGGGUGUUACCUUUUGCCUCGUACCGGACGGCGUCAACCACAAGGUUUUUGAGAAAGGGCUUUCAUUAUGGCAGAGCCGUAAUGCUGUAGAAAUUGAAGCGGAAGAUGAUGCCGAAUGAAUCUGUAUCAAUGCCUAGAACUAUGUAAUUGUGAGCCUUUGAAUCUGGACAUGUAAUUCUUCAUUCAUUCAAGUUUGAAACCCCUCCUCGUCUCAAA